AUGCCUCGUCGACCAUUGAACACAGCAUUUUUGCUGGCAAUAGCGUCAUGUUUACCAUCUGUUGUAUUGAUGACGUCAUCAUACGACGACUACAGUCGCCUGUACACUGAGAUGACCACAGGGAGAUAUAACCCCCACACCAGACCCGUGCGGAACCAAUCUCACCCUCUCACAGUUUAUGUCAUUUUCCAUAUUGUCAGUCUGCUACGCAUAAACGAAUUAGACCAAACCAUGGACAUAAAUGCAUAUAUCGAUUUUUCGUGGAAUGACGAAAUUCGAACCUGGGACCCUGCAUGCUAUAGCGACAUUACUGUCAUUCGACCCGAUCCUUCCCACAUGUGGCGUCCCCGAAACAUCAUAUCUAACUCUGUGGGAAAAAGUGACAUUUUUGAAGACAACUACAUACCAGCCUCUAUCAAGUACAACGGUGAGUCUAAAUGGUCCCCUGGUUCAGUUUUCUCUACCUCCUGCGAUAUGGACUUUACUUAUUUCCCAUUUGACCAGCAAGAAUGCCGAAUGUUUUUCUUCUUCUACAACUCGGAACGUGAGGUAAAAGUCACGAAGGGUCAGCAGGAGGGCAGACUAUUCACAUACAGCACCAACGGAGAAUGGGAUAUCGUUUUCUCAACUAUUGAGAUAAUUUCCUCGGUAAACAAAGACGUACCUGCAGCAUUCAUUGUCCGUUUUAAGCUCCAGAGAAGACCAGACUUUUUCGUAUUCAACGUCGUUAUCCCUUUAGUGAUAAUGUCUGCGUUGUCCUCACUUGUGUUCGUACUCCCAGAGACCAGCGGCGAGCGCGCUUCCUUCUCGACCACGAUGCUGCUCUCUCAAACUUUCUUCAUGGGCACGGUGACCGGGGAGCUCCCCCAUAGAUCGGACACGUUCCCCAUCAUCGUCUUCUACAUCUUCAGCCUCUUCAUUCUGAAUUGCAUUUGCGUCAUAGCGGCAGUGUUGCAGCUCCGUUGUCACACAAGACCAAGCAAAUCCGUGGCUUCAAAAACAUACUCUGACGUCAAAACUGCUCACACCGCUGCGUUCCAGUCAAACAAGAUUCCCUUCAGCUCUCAACUGGCUCUGGUACCAGUCUAUAAGUACUGCGGCUUGUCGACUUGUAGUUAA